AGUGGGCGGAAGUAAAGAGCAGCCGGCCGGAAGUGGGACUGUAGGGAGGCUAGGCAUUGCCGCAGGAGUAUGUAUGAGGCCAGAGCCUGCGGUAUCCCGGGUUUGGUAUUGCAGACCGCACGUUUUCCAGGCUCAGCCGAGGAUCCAAAGUGCCAAGAACCCUGUCAGGUGUUAGUGUGGAACAUGACCUGCAGUAGCCAACAGGGAUGCCAGACAGGAGGCAAGGGGUGCCACUAGGCUGGCCCUGAAGAAACCUUACCAUGGAUGACCAGAACAGCCUCUGCGAUUAUUCCCUGAAAUCACACUUUGGGUCUCUCUAUGCAGUUCAGGCUGGCCUUGAGCUUACUUUGUAGCCCAGGUUGGUCUCGAACACAAUCCUCCUGCCUCAGCCUCCUGAAUUGCAGCCGUGUGUCACCACGCCCGGCUAUGAAUUUCAUAAAGAUUUUUUCUGAUGUUUUUAAGCUAUCCCAUGAGCCACAAAGAUGGUAAUAAAUCUUUGCCUCCCACAAUUCAGACCAAGAAUUCACUGCAACAAGAUAUCAGCUGAUGGUUAUGAAGUAGAAAAUCUCAUCUCUGAAGACCUCACAAAGAGAAGCCAUGGUUUUAGGACAGAGUAUUUCAUUAAGCCGCCAGUAUAUGUGACAGUUUCCUUUCCCUUCAAUGUGGAAAUCUGUAGGAUUCAUGUAGACCUCACAGCUGGGAGUGGCCAGAAUGUCAUCGGCCUGGAGAUGUACACAUCUGCCUUAUCUGGCAGAUCCUCUUGGAGUUCACCUGAAUGCCAGCCCCUGGGCACCUCGGAGCCUUCUAUGCCCGACAAGGAGGCAUUCACCUUGGUAGGCAAAGUACUGCUGAAGAACCAGAGCCAAGUGGUGUUUAGCCACCGUGGCUUCAAGGCCAGGCCACCUUUUAGCCCUUUGGAAGUCACAGCCCCUUCCCCUGCAAUUGUGGCCCAGGAGCUCUGGAAUAAAGGGGCUCUUUCCCUUUGCCACGUGGCCCACCUCAGGAUCUGUAUCACCCAUGUGACAGGAAGUGGUGUCCCUUGUAUCAAACGCUUGGAGGUGUGGGGACAGCCUGCCAAGACCUGCUCUCAGGAGCUGAUAGACAGUGUCUUGCUGGUAGCCUCAGAGAGUGCUCCUCAGGAGUUGGCCCUGCAGACCCCAGCCUUGCCCAUGGAGAGUGACUGUGACCCUGAGGGCCAGCAGGCCCCCUGCAGCCUUCGAGAGAUGGCUGAGGUGAUUCGGGAUGUGCCAGAGGAGUUCCUAGAUCCCAUCACCCUGGAGAUCAUGCCCUGCCCCAUGCUGCUGCCCUCAGGCAAGGUCAUCGACCAGAGCACCCUAGAGAAGUGUAAUCGCAGUGAGGCUGCGUGGGGCCGAGUGCCCAGUGACCCGUUCACAGGCAUAGCCUUCACCCCACACUCCCAGCCCCUGCCGCACCCCACCCUGAAGGCCCGCAUAGACCACUUCCUGCUCCAGCACUCCAUCCCUGGCUGCUAUCUGCUCGGGAGAGCACAGGCUGCAUCGGCAGUGACCCCUUCUUCCAUAGCCCUGCCUUCCCGGAAAAGGAAGCCGGAGCAGGGGGACCGGGCCCCAGACAGUAGCCUGGGUGUGAACACUUCCUGCUUCCCGACCUCAAACCCUCUGGUCUGUUCCACUACCUCAGAGCACUCGAGCAAGAAAAUGAAGGCCACCGGCGAGCUUGGCCUGACUCACAUGGACUGUUCCACAGAACCAGUAUCGCAUGAGCAGAAGCUGACACAAAGCUUGGAAAUGGCCUUGAUGUCCACCCUUGGCUCUAUGCCUUCCUUCACAGCCCGACUGAAUCGGAGUCCGCUCCAGCACCUCAGCACAAGAGGAAGCGGCGCUUCUGGGAGGCCGGACGCUGGCUCAGGGCAGCCUGCUUGUGCACCAGGCCCUGAGUGCACCUCCUGCAAGAGAGCGUUUUCUCCCUACUUCAAAAAGGAGCCCAUGUACCAGCUGCCCUGCGGCCACCUCCUAUGCCGACCUUGCCUGGGGGAGAAGCAGUGCUCCCAGCCCACCACCUGCACAGCCUGCCAGCAGCCCUUUGCCAGCCAGGACGUGCUUCGGGUGCACUUCUGAGUGACCAGCCUCAGCUGGAGACCGCGCCAGUGGGGAGCAGGACCAGCCAGUGACAAUUACAGAGCCAUCUGUUCUCUCUCCAGGCUUUGUCACCUCACAGUGCAGCACAGGGACAGACUGGGGGUGGGGUGCACUUCUGUUCAGGUGGCCACAAGAUAACAAAGCCAUAGGCUGGGCUGGGAGGGCUGGGGAGGAUGUCCCUGCCCUUCUGUACCUGCCAUGCCCCUGCCAGCCCCUACCAGGUCCAGCACUCCUGCUGAAGGCACCCCAAGUUGUCUAUACCCCCCCCCAGCAGGGCCUGUGGUGUGGGUGCAGUGGACUGCUCAGGGUCACCCAGAAGUGGACCACAUGGGGCUUGGGGUGCAUGACUCAGCCCCUGCCCCAAGCUGGCCAACACUCGCAGCCUUAAUAAAGUGAUGAUUGACAGCC